CAUUUCAAGGAUCUGAGGAACAGGAAAAGAAAAACAAAUCAUGACUACCCACAUCAUUGAUUGACUGAGUGCUCCGGGAAGCCUAUUGCGGUAAAAUUGAUUUUGCCCUUUCUUUCUUUUCUUCCCUCUUCCAUACUCUAUGCCCCCUCCCUUCCUCCAAUCCUUAACACGCGAUAAAACCAAUAUAAAACAUAGCUUUAAACUCACCCGUCGAAGAAUGAGCAGCAGCAGCAGCCCUGUUGGACUGGAACACGGGGCCAGGACUUGGACCUCCUCCUUCCCUCUUCCUCAUCACCAGCCAUCAAAAAUCCCUCCCUUCUAUCUCUCCUACCUGGACACAAUCGAUACUUAGCAUGAUCCAUGCAUAUGUUUGCCCCGAAAUGGG